UCCCGCGGUUAAGGGUGGCUCGAUAGCCCGGACUCUCGAUAGUUAAUCGUUGUUGUUCUGGUCAAAAGUACAAAAAUAUUACUCUUCCGUGGUGGAAAUCGUAACUUUCCAUGAAAUUUCCAUUCUGUUACUCCUUUGCUUAUUUAUUGACUUGAGGAUCGAACAAUCCUGAAUCAAAAAUUUUCAUCAUACCCCAAUAUCUAUCUUUAUAUCUCACGCACAUACCUAAGCUUUCAAAUUUCGAUUUACCUUUCUCUAAUUUCUCCAACAAUGUCUUUUCUGUUUAGAAAGAUAAAGGAACAUAGCCAGAAAAAAGAACAGGAACUAUAUUUACAGUUGGCGUCGGAUCUGAGCUCCUACGAGGCCGCUUGUCGAAGCGACCCAUUUCUUCAGUCAUUCGAUUCGACCCUCCAACAAAGUACCAGCCGAGUCAUCAACAGCCUGGUAGCGGACGUCCGGGUUGGUUCACUCACUCUCAACUCGCUGGGAGAACUCACAGGCUACUACUCCAAAACGAAUGAACUAGUGGUGAAAUUCCUUGAGGAAUGCAAAGAGGACAUAUUGAAGGAUGAAGAUCUGUUCGAUAUUGUGAAAGACUACUUCGAUAACAGUCUCCAGACUCUGGAUUUCUGUACUGCUCUCGAGAAGUGCCUCAAGGGUGCACGAGACAGCCAAUUGACGAUUGAACACGCUUUGCAGCCAUCUGAGGAAGAACAGAGAGAUGGGUUGAACGGGAAGAGAAAAAUCUAUUCGAGGACGCUGCAGGAAUUGAAGAAUUUCAAGACUGCAGAUGACCCAUUUACCAAAGAGUUCUUGUUGUUGUUUCAAUCUCUUUAUGCAAGCCAAAUGUCAGUAUUAAAGAAAUUGAAAGCUAAGAAGGGUAGGCUUGGUAAGAAGUGGAAGAAAAUGAAGCUCUGGAGGACUCUGUGGGAUGUGAUUUUUGUGGUGACUUUUGCUUCUGCUGUGAUAUUUACGGUUUCGGCAGCUUUUUCUACGCCGCUAGUUGCGGCAGCGAUUUCUGCGCCGCUUUUGGCGGCACUGGGGGCUGCAGCUACGACGUCGCUGGUGCCAAUGCGUCAUUGGAUUAAUUCCCUUUGGAAGAAGUUCGAGAAGGAGCUGAAAGGACACCAAGAGAUAAUUCAUUCAGUAACGAACGAGACUCACUUUGCAAUCUGGGACUUGGACAACAUUCGAGUACUUGUGGAUACAGUGGAAAUUAAGAUUGGAUCACUGUUCCAAACUGCUGAUUUUGCUGUUAGAGAAGAGGAGGAUGUGAUGGUAGCUAUAGAAGACAUCAAGAAGAAGCUGAGCGAGUUUAAGCAAACAAUUGAGAAGUUGAGUGAACAUAAUGAGAAGUGUAGCACUAAUAUAAUGAGAGGGAGGGAAAAGAUCAUGGAGACCAUAACCAAACAUCACUACUUGGUGAAAUAAGACCUUGGUAUGUAUUUACACCAUGUAUAUGUUGUGACUUAGGUCCAUUUAGUUGAUUAAUAUUUACCCUUUAUCAAGAUUACUGUAAUUUAUAGGAUGACUUUUCUUGUAAUA